CAGCUCCGAUUAGAUGCUGUACUGACUAGAUUUUUAGCGAUACAUUUCUUUAGGUCGGACUGAUUAAUGGCUGUAAAUCUGGAAAUGAACAUUCAAUAUGAAUCUCCUAAUUACCAGAAUGUAGAGAGGACAAAGAAAAGCUCUCCCUUGCCUGCCAGAAAUGCUCAGUACAGAGGAGCAUUCAGGCUGGCUUUAGUGUGCAUCGGUCUAAUAUGCAUCAUUCAGGCAACUCUCAACAUCAUCCUGAGGCUGAAUUUUACCUCUCAGGUAGAUAUGGACCUGUUAGUGACGAACUGCAACAAUCACACAAUGUCUAUAUACACGGAGCAACUCAAGAGCAGGUAUAAUAAUCUUGUUCAGGAGAAAGUCCAGUUAGAGACUAACUACCGCAACCUGGGUAAAGUGAGAGAUCAGCUACAGAAUGAGAGAGAUGAACUCCAGAACAGACUUUCCAUGAUUGCUAGAAAUAUCAGGGAGCCAGGGUGGAUCUCCUUCAGGUCCAGACUUUACUACAUGUCUACUGAGAUGAAGAGCUGGAGUCAGAGCAAAGAGGACUGCAUGAAGAGGGGAGCAGACCUGGUGAUCAUUAAAAGCAGAGAACAACAGGAUUUCAUCGAGAUGUUAAGAAGAGGAAAGGCAACUUGGAUUGGGUUGAAUGACCAAGACACAGAGGGCAUGUGGAAAUGGGUGGACGGUACACCCCUGACCACAUCCUACUGGUGGACUGAGGAGCCCAAUGACUUUCAAGGAAUAGAGGACUGUGUUCUGACCGGUUAUACUCCUGCAUCUAAAAGACUAGUAACUGACAUCCUAAACACAUGGAAUGAUUUUCCGUGCUCUGCAGAUGCUUAUUGGAUAUGCGAGAAACUAAUUAAGUCUCUAGCUCAAAAAGGGAAGGACUUUUAGAUGUUAAUGUAGAAUUCAAUGAGAAGAGCACAAACACAUUGAAGUCGAACUUUCACUUGGGAGUGUAUUAUUUCUUUAGCUACAUCUAUUACUAUCUGCAUAUUAGUACAUUUUCAUGAGUAUUAUGACAUGUUCUGUAGUUGACUCCUUUUGUUUACAUCCAACGCUGUAUGCUAGAUGUUUUCACUGUCAUUAUAAAGCCUUGCUUCCAAAUAAA